UUGUUUUGUUUCAUAGUUGUUUGCAAUUACAUCCACUCCCUAUAAAGUUUUUUUAUUCAUCAUUCAAUUUAUCAUGCAACCCACCUUCUUUCUAAAAUUCUAAAUUCUUCAACAAAAACUUGUUUUUGCAUUCAUAAAAAUAAUUUGUUGGAUAAGUGGUUUAGAAAAAAGAAAGAAAGUAGGAUUACGCUUUUAAUGGUUAAUUAAUUAGGUUCGCGUUUAAUGAUGGUUCGAGCAUUAGAACGAGAACGAAGCAUGCAAAAAUCAAAAUCUUUUCACUUGAAAAAAAUGUUUGAAAUUCCUGGGAAACAUUUCCAAAGCUUGGUGCUUGAUCAUACCGGAAACGAUUCGUUAGUAUCCAACGACGAGAAGUUGCUGUCGAGGAAUAAUAAUAUGUCGACUAAGUUCGGUGAACGUCUCGGUGAUUCCUUGUAUCUCGGGAGCCCUCUUAAUCGUCCUCGUCCUGCUGAUGCUCCUCCUGCUGCUCCGGUUGCUGCUCCUACUGUUAAAUCACCAACCCCUCGAGAUAAGGCUCCUUCAGACAUAGAUAUGAUGAAGGAGAAAUUUGCUAAGUUGCUGUUAGGUGAAGAUAUGUCUGGUGGGGGAAAAGGUGUUUCCUCAGCUUUGGCCUUGUCAAAUGCAAUAACAAACCUAGCAGCAUCUGUUUUCGGAGAACAAAAGAAACUAGAGCCUAUGUCGCCUGAGACUAAAACACGGUGGAGAAAAGAAAUCGACUGGCUUCUAUCGGUAACAGAUCACAUUGUUGAGUUUGUUCCUUCACAGCAAUCUACUAAUGGAAUUAAUAUGGAGAUCAUGACAACGCGACAAAGAAGUGAUCUGCUAAUGAAUAUUCCGGCUCUGCGCAAGCUUGAUACCAUUCUCAUUGACCAACAAGAUCAAUUCGGAAACCAGAACGAGUUCUGGUAUGUCGCCAAGGAUAGCGAUGACUCAGAGCAAGAAACCCCGCCGAGAAAUGAUGAUAAGUGGUGGAUCCCCACCGUUAAGGUUCCUCCACAGGGGCUAUCAGAGCACACGAGAAGAUGGAUGCAAUUCCAGAAGGAUUCUGUGAAUCAAGUACUCAAAGCAGCCAUGGCAAUAAACGCUCAGGUUCUAUCAGAAAUGGAGAUUCCUGAAAACUACAUUGAAUCCCUUCCUAAGAAUGGAAAAACAAGCCUUGGAGAUUCAAUCUACAAGAGCAUAACAGUAGAGUACUUCGAUCCUGAGCAAUUCUUGUCGACCAUGGACAUGUCAACCGAGCACAAAGUGCUCGAUCUCAAGAACCGGAUCGAGGCUUCUAUUGUUAUUUGGAAGAGAAAAAUGAACCAAAAAGACGGAAAGUCUUCCUGGGGUUCGGGUGUGAGCUUAGAGAAGAGGGAGCUGUUCGAAGAGAGAGCAGAAACUAUCUUGCUCAUUCUUAAACAGCGAUUCCCCGGAAUUCCACAAUCUUCACUAGACAUAAGCAAAAUCCAAUACAAUAAGGACGUAGGACAAGCUAUCCUAGAAAGCUAUUCAAGAAUAAUAGAAAGCUUGGCAUUCACAGUCCUGUCUAGGAUUGAAGAUGUUCUCUACGCGGACUCUCUAACACAAAACCCGAAGUCAGAAUCAGAUGACAAGUCGGAGAAUGAGAGAGGAGAGGAAGAUAGCGACAAGUGGAGUGCCGGCGAGACAGCAACACCAACAGCAAUGACACUCUCAGAUUUCAUGGGGUGGAAUGUGGAGAAGACGGAGAACAAUAACUCAAAGAAAUACAAUACAGACGGCUUCUUCAAGGGUGACCCUGAAAAGAUCAUGCUCAAACCCAUCAUGACCAUGAAGAAAUUUUCCUACUUAGAAAAACUCGAGAAUUUGAGCGGCUUAAGAAGUCCCACAGCACGACAUUAACAUCAAUGAGCUAAAAGAAAAUGCAGAGGAAGACGAUGAAGCAGGGAAAGCAAUAUGAGAAGCAAACAGAAGAAUAUAAAGAAGUAGAGAAAUAGUAGUUAGAGAGAGAGCUUGAUUUAUCAAAUGUAGAUAACAAAACAGCCUGUUAGGAGUCUUAUGGUUGUUAUAUUGUUCUUCCUCGCUAUUAAGAAUCGGGAAGUCUCAAUAUGUAACUAUUGAGUUUGAUGCAUUUGAAACAUGCUUUCUGAAUUUGUUUAACACCAACACUUGUGAUUCUAUCCAUUUAUCCAAUUUUCAUUCCAUGUUUUUUGAA